CGAAACACAAGAAACUACAUAUCUCCACAUUACAUACAUUUGUCCACUAUUUAUUCAUUGCGUGUUGUUUUCAAUUAAUCUUUUUACAUAGUUGAGGUUUAAAGUGAGACAGAAAAAAAUUAAUCGAAAGAAAACAAAGUGUUUGGGAAAAGUAAAAUCACACAAUGAAGAAAAUCAGUUCAAAUUAAUCAAAAUGUUAACAGACGGUGAUAGAUUAGAGCCUGUAGUAGAUAUAAGCGAGUCUGACGAACAAGUAAACUUAACAUCACCUCCGUCCUCUGAUGAUGGCAAUGACUUAGAGUGCAACCUCUGUGGCAAAACAUUCAUCUCCAAGAAGACUCUAAAACGCCACUUUCAAGUGCACAACCCCAGCAAACCUUACGCCUGUGAUAUAUGUAAUAAGCGUUAUAAACGUCUAAAUGAUAUUAACGUUCACAAAAAGCUGCACAGUAGUAAAUUGAAGCUGACUUGUGAAAUCUGCGAUUUUACUACAUUUUACCAUUCGGCUAUCACUAAUCAUCGAAACAGGCAUGCAGAAAAUUACAAGUACAAUUGUGAUCUUUGUGGAAAGGGGUUCUUUGUGCGAACGUGGUUUUUAGAACACAUUAAUUUUCACACGGGAGAAAAACCGUUCAAGUGCGACCUUUGUGGGAAAUGUUUCAUGUACUCUAGAUACCUCACCGCACACAAGAAAGACAUGCAUUCCACACUGAAUGGAAUGAAACCUAUCAAUCAGUGUCCUUUUUGUGAACAGCUGUUUUCUCACAAAAAAUCCUUGCAGCAUCACAUGAAAUCCCACACAGGGGAAAAUAAAUGUCUUUGUGAUAUAUGUGGCAAAGAACUGUCUAGUCGUGAUCAUCUCAAGUUGCACCGUCGCAUCCACACAGGGGAAAAGCCCAACAUGUGCAGCGUUUGCGGAAAAGCUUUUGCAAAGAGGUGUAACUUGAUCAGUCAUGAGCGUAUUCACACCGGAGAACGUCCGUAUGUCUGCGACUUGUGCGAGAAACGGUUCAACCAACAUUCAGCUCUUGUAAUUCAUCGGAGACUACACACAGGACAAAGGCCAUACAGAUGCAACAUUUGCCAGAAGACUUUUGUCUGCCAGUCGACGCUCACUACGCACAUGAAAGGUAGUUGUGUAUCCAAACGAUCUACUUCAGCCCCAUAAUUUCAGUGGUAAACUUAUAAUAAGC